CCUACGGUUACUCCUAGCUCCCUCCGGCCAUCAAGUCUACCCGAUUAGGGAGCCGAACCGAGGAGCACCGGCGGGCCACCAAGAAGCGGACCAGAGGUCUGCCGUGGACGCUGACACGAGACCAGAGACAUGACAGGCCGAAAUCUGCCGUCCUCCCCUUCGCUGGGAAGAACCCAGUCCCGGCCGCAGGUCAAGGGUUCAGCGCGGGCGAUGGCAUACAAUGUCUCGAUCUGCACAACCGAUGAUUUGCAGUGUCUUACCCAGCCCACAAGAAGUACCGAAUCUCAUCCCAGAUAUCUCGACCAUGACUGGUCUCGGGCUGGCGCAGGACGGCACGUUGAACCAAAUAUCCCACGGUCCUGGCAUUUUCGGACUGCCUGCGUAGGGUAGAGGAGCCUAGCACUGCGCCUUUUUCUGCCCGAGCAUCUCAUCACCUCCCCUCGUGUGUAGACACGACACUCCACCUGGGUGGUGAUUCCGCAUCAAGUCCGCCAACGCUUGUCUCGGG